AUGUAUUUAUAGAAUUCCAAUUACAAAAUACUCUCGAAUAUAGGUUCUGGAUCAGGACAUCAAGUCUUUAAAGUCUAACACAAUUAGACCUCUUAAAUUUUAGCCUUAAAAAUGGAAAAAAAUUCUAACCUUGGAUAAUUAGAAGAGGAAAUACAAAAACUAAAAGAGCUUUCCGGAAUAAUUGGUAUUCCUAAAUUGAUUGAUUAUGGAAAAACAAAAGAUUUUAAGUAAAUAUGAUCAUUAUUUUGAAUAGGAGCUAUUUAAUCACUCCGCUUUUAAAAAGAAAUCUCCAAGAGAUAGCAAAAGAAAGUUUGCUAUCUCUACAUAGCACUUUAGCCAUUGGAUUAAGUUUAAUUGAAAUUUUACAACAUGUUCAUAAAAAAGGCAUUUUACAUCUUGAUAUUAAACCAGAAAAUAUAAUGAUAUCAUAACCAUACAUCAAUGUUCCAGUAGAUUAAAUUCUAAGUCCGGGAUUCAUUUAACUAAUUGAUUUUGGCUUAUCUUAAAAGAUAGGUCGAAAACCUUUCUUAAAUAAAGUUUUUGUCGGCUCUUUAAGAUAUGCUAGUAGACAAGCACAUAAAGGAAAUCAACUUGGAUAUAAAGAUGAUUUAGAAAGUCUUCUUUAUGUCUUAGUGUAUUUAAGAAAUUGUAAAUUUUAAUAACUGACUUUUUUAGAGAAGCUGCCCUGGCAAUCUUUAAAAUAAUUAUAAUCUCAAUAAUUGGAAAUUAGAAAAAUAGGGGAAAUGAAAGAAGCCCUUUUUAAUACAACAGUUCUUUCUUAGAAAUUUCCUCCUUAAUUUUAAUAGUUUAAAUUAUACAUCGACUCUUUAACUUAAGUGGCUAUACCAGAUUAUGAGUACAUCAAGAAUCUUUUUAAAUCAAUGCUCUCAAUUAGAGAUCAUUCUUAAUCUAUUAAAUUCACAGGGUCAGCCACAUUAAGCUAAUCUAUAAAGGGGACGAAAUAAAAACCCAAUACUGAGCAGAUACUGAUGCUUUUGGAAAAUUUACCAAACAAUGAUUCAAUUGAUAUACCUGAAGAUUUAAUAGAUACUGAUACUUAGAUUGUUCUUAUUUCAGAAUUAAUCAACUCAUAUAGUACUAACUCUAUUAAAUCUAUAACUGAUAUCAAAUUUUGA